UAUAUCUAAGGAAAUAAUACAAUAUAAAUAUUAAAUCAUGGUCAAAAAACAAAAUCAGCAAGAAUUAAAUUUUUUCCAACAGGCUAAAUGGUUAAAAAAAAAAUUACAAGAAUUUUAAUGACUACAUUGUUGCAAGUCAUAUAAGAUAUCAUUGUUGCUUGUUGAUCCCAGUUGCAGCUUUUCGACGUUCAAUCCAAUCCGUUUUAUUUUCUUUUUAAUUUUGGAGGAAAAGUAAACUCAAAGUAAUAUUACUUAUUUAUAUGACGGAACAAAACAUGCGUGGAGCUGAAGGCGUGCAACAAUUAGAAGAUCUAACUGCGGCCCUCCUGGAUAUCCGUUCUCAGCAAAUUGAAUCUUGCUCGAGUAAUCUGGCAACCCAGAAACUCCUCGUGGCCAAGUGGGACUGCGCAUUGCUCGACCUGAAGAAAUCGCUAGAAGCGUGUUGCUCGCAAAUUAUCAAUGUGAUAAUCAGGCCCAAAACCGCGGACGCUUAUUGCCAAUAUACGGAGAGCCCAGAUUUUAAGGACGAGCAGGAGCUUUACGAGGAGAGAAUAACAGUGAAAACGAAAUCUCAUUCACAAAAGAAAAAACUUUCUCCGAUCCCUGAGGUUGAAAGACUUGAAAGCGCCGAAGUGGUUGACGGUGGUUUGCCCCAAAGUAGUUGGCAGAAAAAGUGGAGUGAGCAUCAGACUCGGGAGGCAUCUACGCAAGUGACUCCGCCAGCUACGCCAAGCAGACUGAGGAUAGACUUGUCCAAAGUUCAGUCCAGUGAUAGUUCGCAAAACAACUUGAUGGAUAGAGGCAGGCAGUUUACUCAAACCCAGCGUGAGGCUCCACGCAAGGCCUGUGCCCGGCCCAGCAGCAUCCCUGGUGCUAUUAAUGAAGAUCCACCGAGACGAUUAAGAAAUCUCUCCAAAAAGAAAGUGCGUCCAGAAUCGCCUUGUGGUGACCAGAGUAGCAGUCUGAAAAGCACAUCCUCUGAAGACGUUGGCGGAAUGGUCCAAUUUCACCCUUCCACCCCUUCUAAAAAGAAAGGGUAUUGGAGAAGUCCGAUGGCCAAGGGUCCGUUCUGGGCUGUCACCAGAUGCACCCCAAGGGCACAACCCAGAAAGGGAGAAAAGUGGAUCGACAUCGCAUUUGUGAGAGUGGACAGGAGCUGUCCCUGCGAAGUCAGCGAAUACCCAGUGGGUGGAGUUCUGACCGUUGCCACUGAUGUCUUCAAGGAAGGAUACGGUAGUCAGCGAUGAAAUCGUACAAGCAGAGCUUGUCAGAUUAUUUUGUAAUACAUUCAUUUUUACUUUUCUUUUUUUAAUGCUUCAACAGCCAUGUUAGUAUAAGAUGUUCUUUCUCACCCUUUUAUUUAAUACAAAAUUGUUAAAGUUUUUGUCGCAGCUAUGUGUUAAAAUAUACUAGCA